CCUGUUAGAACUAGUAUCAUCACUUCCGCAAAAACGGCGUGAAAACCGACAAAAUUGGUGUCCUUGUUAAUCCACAUGUCGAAUAAUUUACACGCAAUAGUUUAUGCUCAGGUGUAUAUGUUAUGGCCGUUUUAAAAAUGACAACAUUAUGUGUGUGCACUUUUACAUCGAAUUGAAAACCGAGUACUUUCUGGAAAAAAAUAGUUUUCACUUCCGGGCCACGAUCGAUGUCGCUGUUGCCGUCGUCUUUCCCCUGUCUGCUCCCCCUCGUCUCCCUCCGAGUUCCGUGGAUAACAUCUGCCCUGAAGUUUGCUCUCAUCCACGACGACACCUGCAGCGCUCGUCCCGCCGAGCGGACCAAGUGAUGUUCAAAGUGACAGUCAGCGGCGCGCGAAGCCGGAGGGCGACGAGGACGCUGCGGCUGCUGCCGCUGCUGGUGAGCCUGUCUGUGUGCGUCUGUGUGUGCCGAGCAUCCUCUCCCCGGGAGGAGGAGGACAGUGCCAUGGAGAACAUCGUGACCGAGAAGCAGGCGGAGGAGAGCCACCGGCAGGACAGCGCGGACCUGCUCAUCUUCAUCAUGCUCCUCACCCUCACCAUCCUCACCAUAUGGCUGUUCAAACACCGGCGCUUCAGGUUCCUGCACGAAACUGGGCUGGCGAUGAUCUAUGGCGUACUCGUAGGCGUGGUCUUACGGUAUGGCAUCCAUGUUCCUCGGGACAUCAGCAACGUCACGCUGAGCUGCCCCGUUAAUGCCAGCCCCGCAACUCUGCUGGUCAAUGUCAGCGGCAAAUUCUAUGAGUACACUCUGAAAGGGGAGAUCGGUGCCAACGAGGUGAACGACGUGCAAGAUAAUGAGAUGCUGCGAAAGGUGACCUUUGACCCUGAAGUGUUCUUCAAUAUUCUUCUACCACCGAUCAUCUUCCACGCAGGCUACAGCUUGAAAAGGAGACACUUUUUCCGUAACAUGGGAUCCAUCCUAGCUUAUGCUUUUAUGGGAACAGUUAUUUCCUGUUUUAUUAUCGGGUCGCUGAUGUACGGAUGUGUGAUGCUAAUGAAGCAGGUCGGACAGCUGGGGGGAGACUUCUUCUUCACCGAUUGUCUUUUCUUCGGAGCCAUCGUCUCUGCCACAGACCCAGUGACGGUCCUGGCUAUCUUCAACGAGCUGCAGGUAGACGUGGACCUGUACGCCCUUCUGUUUGGGGAGAGUGUGCUCAACGAUGCCGUGGCCGUGGUUCUGUCCUCGUCUAUAGUGGCGUACCAGCCAGAAGGAGACAACAGUCACACCUUUGAGGUCAUGGCGAUGCUGAAAUCUUUUGGGGUUUUCCUCGGAGUCUUCAGCGGCUCUUUUGCUUUGGGAGUGGCCACCGGGGUCUUCACUGCUCUCGUGACUAAGUUCACCAAGCUGAGGGAUUUCCAGCUGUUGGAGACGGCUCUGUUCUUCCUCAUGUCAUGGAGCACAUUCCUGUUGGCUGAGGCUUGUGGCUUCACAGGUGUGGUAGCAGUGCUGUUCUGUGGGAUCACUCAGGCCCACUACACCUUCAACAACCUGUCCCCCGAGUCCCAGGACAGGACCAAACAGCUGUUUGAACUGCUGAAUUUCCUGGCAGAGAACUUCAUUUUCUCCUACAUGGGUCUGACCUUGUUCACCUUCCAGAACCACAUCUUUAAUCCGAUGUUCAUCGUUGGAGCCUUUCUGGCAGUGUUCCUGGGAAGGGCUGCGAACAUCUACCCUCUCUCAUUCCUUCUUAAUCUGGGACGACGCAACAAGAUCAGAUCCAACUUUCAGCACAUGAUGAUGUUUGCAGGUCUGCGAGGAGCAAUGACCUUUGCCCUGUCCAUCAGGGACACGGCCACAUACGCCCGUCAGAUGAUGUUUACCACCACUCUGCUCGUGGUCUUCUUCACCGUGUGGAUUUGUGGAGGUGGCACCACCCAGAUGUUGUCCUGCCAGCGCAUACGAGUGGGAGUGGAUUCUGAUCAAGAUAACUCCAUGAGCAUCACUGAAGGAUCAGAGAGAAGAAGCACCAAACACGAGAGUGCUUGGCUUUUCAGAAUUUGGUACAACUUUGACCACAACUACCUGAAGCCCAUCCUGACUCACAGCGGCCCCCCUCUCACGGCCACUCUGCCUCCCUGCUGCGGCCCCCUCGCCCGCUUCCUCACCAGCCCUCAGGCAUAUGAGAAUGAAUGCCAGCUGAAGGAUGACGACUCUGACCUCAUCCUGUCCGACGGCGACAUCAACCUGACUUAUGGCGACAUCACAGUCAGUACAGAUGCCUCAGGUGCCCACACCAGCGGCGGUCCGGCCUUCGCUGGCGCCACCUCUGAUGACUUGGACAGGGAGUUAACGUACGGAGAUCACGAGCUGGUGAUGAGGGGCACACGCCUGGUGCUGCCCAUGGAUGACUCGGAGCCGCCCUUCACAGACCCCCACCACCGCCUGCGGAUGUGAAGAAGAAAGAUUCAGUCUUUCAGCGCAGAACCCAGACAACCGUCCAACUCACACUGACCCGAGGCCAUCGAGCAAAAGACCAGUACCCGUCUCUCUUUCCAUUCUGCCACCAAAUCAUCUUUUGCUCUGACACCUUUCCUCAUUCCUCUUUUUUCUUUUUUUAACCACGCAUUUCCUCACAGCUACAUUUUCCCACUUCCUCUAGCGACAAAUCACUGUCUCUACCUCAUUGUCAUUCUGCUCGUUUCCACACUUUUCUGGCAUCUGCCAAAACUGUAAUAUACUGUAGUCUUAUUUAUUUGCAGGUUAGAUUUUUUGGCAUAAGUAAAUUUCUCUUAGUUUGGCUUAAAUUUGUGUGCCAGUCAUCUUAAUGUAGCAUUGCACAGGAAGUCCAGCAGCAUGUGUUCGUGUGUAAAUGCAAGAACCAACCACUUUUUAAUUUGUCGACUUACAGUAUAUCACAAGACUAUAACUUUGAUAUGCAUGCUGAGGAUGCCUGUUGUUUUCUUCGUAUGUGAGGUUGAGGGCUUUUGUGUUUUGGGUCUGACCUUGAAUGUUGCUGCCUUGUCUCUGUGCACCAGAGACAUGCUGCCCCAUUGGACAACUUUACUGAACAUUUGGUUACAAUCAAGUGCCUGGGAAUUCUAGUCUUUACGCCUGCGGACCCGUAUGGGAUCACCUCUGGGGGGCAGAGAGGGUGGACGAUGGGCGGUCAUGCAGUCAUAAUUUUCCUUUGUAAAAAAUAAAAAAAAAUAAGACACCUCUGUCCAUAAGGUAGCAAUAUACUCAGCGGGUGUUUGGGCCAUCAGUUUGUGCUGUUUGCCUGUAAAUAGUGUGUAAAGAUGUAAUGCCACUGGCAGUGAAAGUCGUGGAUCUCUCUUUGACCUUUGACUGUGACAUUGAGAGGGACUUUAUUUUAGAAGCUGAUGUCGCUCGCAACUGAACGAAGCGCUGUCGUUCUGAGAGCGAGAUCCCGAUGAAGGAAGCGCUGUGCCAUCUCUUUCCUGCAUUCUGACUUUUUGUGAAAACUAAAUGCAGUCGACAUUCAAGUGUUUUAUAUUCUUUAUUUUUUUGCAACAGAGCUUAAGUAUUUUAAGCUGGGGCACAUUUGUCAUACUCAUUUAGCUUUGUGCAGGCAUUUUUACAAUAAUUGCAUUGUUGUUAAGAAUAAUAGAAGAAUAAAUAAACCUGACAGACAUGCAUUAAUGAAUUGGACACUGAAGGAACUUGUACCAUGUUAUUGGUAAGCACACAGGUAUUUUUGAGACUUUAAGUUUGGCAAAUCAGAGAAUUGAUUGACUCUGUUUCUGAUUUUCUUUGGGUUGCAACCAAUCAUUAUUUCCAGUGUUGAUUCAGUUGCAAUCUGUUGUUUUGUUUUGAUUAAUUAACUGAACAUCAGAUGUCCUAUAAAUGUCCAUUAAAAGUGAGCAAAGCCCAAAGAUAACAAUUUUACAAUCAUGUAAGACUAAAAAUUAAGUAUUUACAUUUGAAGCUGGAUGCAGUGAAUUAUUUAUGAUAAUAAUGUGGUGAGUUCAAGAACAGAACAACAAUAGUUGUUUAUAUGCUUGAUGCUUUUCCUAUGCUGUCCUUUAGGAUUGAUUUUCAAAAUCAUUAACAUUCUUCAAGGCAUGAAAACAAGUACUUUUUUAAAGGUUACUUAAAGAUUGACGUGUUACAUUUAACUUAUAUUCUUACUACAGUCUGUCCUACACUGUCAAGGCUAUUUUUGUGCGUGUACAUGUAGAAUGGAAGGUUUGUCUCUUUUGGGCGAGGAGUAUAACAGCUGUUAAUGGAGGUUCAACAGGAAGCGUUGAUAGGGCGUCGCCGUGGCAACGCUGUGUUGAUGUGGACCGAAGCCGGGAAACACUCAGUGACUUAGUUGAACACAACGGUUUUGCGGUUUACCCGUCUUGGUGAGCCAGAGGAAAAAAAAUGUUUGGGUGUAUGCAAAAUGGAUGAAAGAGGAUGAGGUUAAAGGAACGAGCAUGAGAAAUAGAUGAAGAGAAAUGGAUGAGGAAGGAGAGUUUGGCCUGUGUGUGUGCGUGUGUGUGUGUUUGUGUGUGUGUGUGUGUGUGUGUGUGUGUGUGUGUUCGUAUCUUGGGGAUGAUGAUAUAGAGGUGGAAGGAAGAGCAGGCUUUUAGAUAUCGCUUCUCCUUCCACAGUUAUCUUCUGCUGUGCAGGAACUUCUUAAUGAAAGUUUUUCCUUUUUUUGGCCUCUUAAUAAUACUAUGCCUCUUGACAUAAUAUUAUCCAGGAAAUGAUUUACUGUUCCCGUCCACUUACAGAUACUUUUCAUAUGUGUUAUUAUUGAGUUUUAUUUUGUAGAAGGGAAACCAUGAUGUGAAAAAAAGCUGAAUCAUUUGCACUCAUCCUUUUGAGAAUGUCUAUGUUUUAUUGCUAUGUCUGUUUUAUCUUAUUAUUUAUGUUUUUGAUGCCAUGUCGGUUUAAUGAACAUUUAAGAAAUAUAUUUUGAAGACAUAACGUUUUGUUCAUUGAUAUUAUUUUGUAAGGAAUCAUUUCCACACGGUGGUGGCACGCCCUUCAUACUUACCACUUAACAGGUACUUAGUAUGUAAUGUUUGCAACUAAUUGCUGUGUGAAAGCUGUUGCCAUGUCCUCAACAAAGAGCAUGAAUCAUUCAUCCUCCACUGAUGGUGGAAAAAUAGAACAAUAUAUAAAAGCAAAAUUGUGUGCCACUGUUCUUCAACUGACUCAUUUAAAAAAAAAAAAAAGUGAAAUCUGCAUAAGCUCCUAUAGGUUUUUGGUAUUUGUCUCCUGCUCUGCCAAUGUGUUUUUCUCUGUCUGUUCUCUGAAUGGUGACUUGUGAUCGGCUUUGACCAUUGGAGAAUCUUGUCUGAAGUAGCUGACCAAAGAGGCCUGCUGUGCUCUGUGUUUUCAGACAGUCCCCUCUAUCUUUGUAAUGCAAAAUGUGUGUGUGCGUAGGUGUGUGUGUGUGUACGUGUGAGAGGAAGAGGGAGACAUCGUGUUCUCUCCCUCUGUGUUGCAGGUACUGUUUACAUCUGUUUAAAUAUACUCUCACUUGUUCAUGUGCGUGCAACGGUCAAUAAAUAGAAGCCUGUGCUUUUGAUUAAAGCCCUCGCUGUAAUGGCCUCCUCA